CUAUGCACUGUUCGUGUGCCACGGACAUUCUGGGAGCUGCGUGGAGCAACCCGGCGAUAUGGACCCCAGGCCUGGCAUUCCCCGAGUGGGCCUACAAGCCUGACUCGAGCCCAGGCUCCCGACAGAUCCAGCUGUGGCACUUCAUCCUGGAGCUGCUCCAGAAGGAUGAGUUCCGCGGGGUGAUCGCCUGGGAGGGAGACUACGGGGAGUUUGUGAUCCGGGACCCGGACGAGGUGGCUCGGCUCUGGGGGUCCAGGAAGUGCAAACCCAACAUGAAUUACGACAAGCUGAGCCGGGCACUGCGCUACUACUACAACAAGAGGAUACUGCACAAGACCAAAGGGAAACGCUUCACCUACAAGUUUAACUUCAGCAAGCUGGUGCUGGUCAACUACCCCAUGAUGGAGCUAUCAACGUCGCCUCUGUAUGGAGCAUACACUCACCUGGCUGGGAGUGCAACAGAGGCGCUGAACAGCACCACAAGCCCCAGUUCGCCUUUCCACCCCCGGCUCCCGCUGUCAACCUGCAGCUUGGUGAGGUCGGGAAUCUCCGCUCCAGAAGUCGUCACGGAGAGGGCGGUCGUGACAUCCGGAAAUCAGCAGCAGCAGCUCCACCAGGGAGACGGCGGGGAGCUCCUCGAGGCGGCCGCGGAGCUCCGCGGCCCCGCCGCGGAGCUCCGCGAGGGGGCCGUCAAGGCGGAGCCGGGCUCCGACAGCGAGCUGGAGGUCACCGACCUCAGCGACUGGGACUGCGAGGGGAGCCCCCGGGUGGAGGAGGCGCCAGGGCGGAGCUCCGCGGCGCUGGGAGGGGGCGGAGCGGCGGGGCCGGGCGCGGAGGAGGUGGGCCCCGUCGCGGAGGAGAGGCCCCGGGCGGAGCUCCGCGACAGGGACGACGGCGUCGACGGUGGUGUUGCCGGCGGCGACAGCGUCACCCGUGGUCCUGUGGUGGAGGUCACCCGUGGUCCUGUGGUGGAGGUCACCCGUGGUCCUGUGGUGGAGGUCACCCGUGGUCCUGUGGUGGAGGUCACCCGUGGCUCAAUGAAGGAUCUCACUUACUAA